AUGCCAAGCACAAAUCGCUCAAGGCAGCGCUCAGUGGCCGAUCAGGCGGCGGAAGAAGAGGAAUGGGAUCCUGCCGACUGGGAAUGGCAACCCCUAAGCAUGCGCGCGCGCAAGAAGGCUCGCAGUGGAGCAAGCGAUGGUUUCGAGGCGGCCAACUUGGCGUUGGACCCUCCACCUUGCGCAACACCCGGCAGCGAUGUCGAGCCACCUGUCAGCGUGGCUUUAAAGCUGGAGCAAACAGCGGGGCAAGCUGAGCCAAAGUUUGCAAACCUGCCCGUGUAUAAUACAUUGAAAAAGAUAGAAAGCAAGCCAGAUGUAUGCGUGGUCGACGGUUGUGAUGCCAACCUCGCUGGCUUGAAACGCUACUUCACACGGCUCCGCAUAUGCGAGGCGCACUUGAGCGCUAAAGCAAUCGUGGUGGACGGAGUCAUUAGCCGUUUUUGCCAACAGUGUGGUCGCUUCCAGCCUCUGAAGGACUUCACUGGGAAGAAGAAGAGCUGUACGGAACGGUUGGAGAAGGUGAAUGCCAGGCACCGAGAAAAGGCGAUGCAAAAGAACCAGCCGCGCCGGCCGGACCCGCAGCCUCAGUGGCAGGAGGUUCCCAUGGCCUGGGGGGGUCUGGACGCGGCGCCGGCGGCAGCGCCGUCGCCGACCGUACGACAGGUGCCAGCGCCAGCGGAGGCCAGCAUUGGACACAAGGCAUCAGCAGUGCCGGUGGCGAAGCUGGCGGCGGCGGCCGGUACGGCGGCGGCAGCUUCGCCGCCCUGCGCCGCGUCGGAUGUCAUGCCGUUGGACAUCGACCGUACGGUGUCGUACGGCGGUAUCAGCAGCGUGCCGACGCUGCCGGCGGCGGCGUCUGAUCCACGGCUGGCGGUAGCGGCGGCGGUAGCCUCGGGGACGGAGGCAUCUAGCUGUUUGCCGCUGGGGCCGCCGUCGGGGGGAGCCGGCAGCGGCGGCGCCGUCGCCAGCGGUACCGUUUGGCCGGGCUUGCUGGAUGACAACGGCCAAGCAACUCCUGGCGGGGUUGACGGCGAGGGCCACGACACGGAGCAAAUCGUACUGCCGUCGCGGGUGGCGGCGGCUACCGACACCGUCACUGCCGCCCUCGGCGGACGGGUUAGCCUGCCAGCGCAUCAGGGCUCCGUCGGCGCAUCCGCAAAGUCCAGGCCCGUGGCCAGCCGUGAGAUGUUCUGGAACCGGGUGACGUCGGAGAUGCCCUUACCUACAGCGCAAGGGAACUGCAGUACUGACGGCGGUGGUGCUGCGCCGUCGCCGGCGGAGCAGGCCGCCGCCACAGCCCCGCCGCCGCCGCCGCCGCCGCCGCCCCCGAGAGACGUCAGCCGGACGCUCAGCGCAGCACACGGCGUGUUGUUCCAUCCGGUGCGAGUCCAAAUGAUGCACGUAUGUAAAGAUCAGCUGUGCAGCGACAAGCCGCCGCUGCCGCUGCUGCUGCCGCCGCCAUCACAGCAGCAGCAGGUGGAGCAGCAGCAGCAGGAGGGGCAGAUGGCGCCGCAGCCGCGGACGAGCACGCACUCAGGACCGGCGGCGGCGAUCUCCGGCGGCGAAGCGCCGUGCGCACCCCGCGUGGUGGAUUCCCCCCCUAUGGCGCCGUCAGGGCCAAUGCCGUACGAAAGUCCGCCGUGCGAUGCAGCAGCGCCAAUGGCAGAUACCGUGUCCCGGGGCACCGCCACCAGCGGCUGCGACGAUAGGUGGGUAAGUGGCGAUGCUGCUGUGCGGUACGGCGCAGCGCUGACGCGGACAGCCCCGAACAACGGAACAGCCCUGUACGGCACAUUAGCGCCGCCGCCGCGGGCAGCAGCGGCGGCGGUUCUGGGCUCCGCUAGGUCAGACCAAUCGGCGAUUAUGGGCCCCGCCGCUGCCGCUGCCGCUGCCGCCGCGGCGGGAAGCUCUCCGAUGAGUGCUUGUACGGAAGGUGCGUCGGGGGCUUAUGGGGACAGCGCCGGCGGCGUUGACCGCAGCCACAGCGCCGUUCAGCAAGCGUCAAGCCGUCAGCUAGGUGCCGGCGGGGCCGCAGCGGAGAGUCUAGGGAGAUGCAUUAGCGGAGUAAUGGAGGGGCUAGCGCCCCUGAUGGCGAAGGUGCAGCGGCUGGCGGCGGCGGCGGCGGCGUCGCCGCCCGUUCCUGGAGAUGGUAGUGGGGAGCUGGCCGGCAGGGGCAGCAGCAGCAGCGGCGGCGGCGACGGCACCGGCGCUGGCGGCGGUAUCCUGGCGUCAGGUAGCCUCUCUCCAGGGAUGGCGACAAGGAUAGAUGUACGGAAUAACAGUUUGCCCGCGGUGAUCGAGUCCUCCCGGGAAAUCCUGGAACGGGCUACGGAGCUGACGCAAUGGCUGAAUCAGCAACCGCCACAACCGCCACCAUCCCAGCCAUCGCUGCCGCUGCUGCCACCGCAGCACCAGCAGGCCGUUGGGAUGCCAACGGUCCCAACCGCUUCAACCGCCCAAACCUCUGCAUGCACCUGGUCGCCACCGGAGGGAUGCGCGUCAUCGGGGGCUCCGGGGGCAUUGCCCUUCCCGGGCCCUAUGCAGGGUAUGCAGGAGUACGGCAACGCAAUGUACGGCAGUCAUUAUGUACGACGUCCGUACCCGAGCCAUGCCCAACCGCCCACCGGGUCCGGGAUGUAUUUGCCCCGGCCCAGCUACCCCCAGCCCUACCCUUAUGCCCCUCAGCAAAACCUGCAGCCCCCUCCACAGCCGAUAUCACAGCAACCUCAGCUGCCACCACCACCACCACAGCUUGUUGGUGGUUUGAACUCAUAUCCCCAACAACAGAUGCUACAGCCAAGCUAUUCCCAGCCUCAACCUGAACGGCUGCAUCAACCACAUUACGUCAACCCAGCUUUGCAGCUACAGCCUCAGAUACCGCCGCCGCCGCCACAGCUGCUGCCGCAGCCCCCGCAGCUGCCGUACAGCUCCUCUGGCCAGCCUGUCGUGCUUGCGGCGCCCAUUGAUCACCAAGCGGCGAAAGGUCACUACUACACGCGGGCGAUGAGCGCCAAGUCUGUUUACAUAUUGAAUCCGUCGUACGGCACAGGCACACAGUACGGCCGCAACCGACCGUAUCCGUGCGCACCACUCCCGCAAGGCUACGGUUUCUACGACCAAGAUGCCAUCUCGCCGUAUUCGUACAGUUCUCAGCCGUACUCCCAGUACGGCUCGGCAACGCAGUCGCAGCUUGGAGCUGGCGGCGGUGGCGGCGGCGGCGGGGCUGUAGCUAUUAUUGGGAACGGAUACGCCGUAGACACCAACGGCGGCGAGGCGGUAGCGGCGGCGCCGCCAGCGGCCGCAGUGGACGGCAGUAGUGCUUGGAGGGGAGAUGUACCGCCGCCGGCAGCGGCGAUGGUGUCGGCUGUAGCUUACGAUGAAGAGGACGACGACGACGACGACGAUCGAGCGUUCAACUUGCUGCUCCAGGAGAUGUGGACUUGGCAAAUGGUUGCAAACCGCGCGGGCAGAGGCGGUGCAGGCGACGCUUCGCCCAGGUGA